AUGUCUGGAUCAACCCUCUUUGCCAACUUCACCGAUGAUAGUUCUGAUCAGGAGCCCGUUGUGUGCCAGACUGGAGCCCGAUGCUACACUCGCGACCGUUCUGAUCUCACAAAGGGCUUGCUGAUCUUGCCCGGUCAGCCUCGCUUCCGGGUGGAGAACCUUUCUGCUGUCUCCGGUGGCAGGCUUGUGUGUGCAGCUUGCCAUGCGCAUUACGCAAGGAAAGCCUCGAGCUCGGUCCGAGCAACGUUCCGGGGCGAUCUGGAAGGCGAGAAAGAAUCUAUCCGGCAGAGGAACAUCCAAGGACGCGUUGGAGGUCCUCGUGUUUCGCUUCCAAACCAACCGAUAUCAAGUUCCGGAUCGUCCAGUGCACCAAUUAAUCCGGGGCAAUAUUCAAGCCAAGGCUAUUCUGCUGCUCACUCUCAGUAUGCCGCGGCACGCGGGGCUUUUACCAAAUCAGCGUAUACUGGGAUGUCGCCGCAGUGGAUCACCCUGAACAUUGGUGUCCGCUAUGAGACUCGUGGUCGACCUACUGGGCAAGUCUUUGGGGUAUGUUACGGUGACACGAUUCACGAGGGCAAGAAUGUCCCUGCAACAAUUACCGCAAGCGAAAUUAUCACAGCCGUGUUUGAUAACGUGGCGCCCAAGCUUCGUCAAGCCAUCGCUCAGGAAACUGACUCUCAAUUUGUAUUUGAUGAGUCUAAUUUUUUAGUACGCGAUACUGAAACGUGGAUCAAUGUCCACGCGGAGCUCCCAGGAUCCAGCGUGCUCUAUGAGCGUUGCCUCAAGACAUCAAAGGCUCGUGCCGACAAGGGCCAACUCGUGUUUCAGCGACCGAGAAAGCCCUUUCAAUUUGCACUUGUCAUCGACGCCAAAGAAUGGCUCAGAUAUGAAAAUUACCGUGAUGCCCGGGAGCUGGACACACUCUCUAUUCAGGAUAAUGCCGAUACCGUCUCAUCUGCGCUACGCUCGCACAUGGUACAGCGUGCCCCUGAGCCUUCGGCCCUCAAAUUGACAGUCCUGUCGGCCGCGGAGACUACUAAGGAACCGAGUAACGGGUGUUUGACACGCUCAAAAACAAAGAGCAAGACUGCCACUGCCAGUUCGUUCAGCUCCGUUCGACCCUCUCGAUCGGCGCCAAGCUUGCAGGACUUUACUCAGCCAGAUCAAGCGCUGCCAGAGUCGCCGCUUCCAAGCUCUGGCACGAGAGAAAUUUCGUCUCAGGAAUCCAGUAGCAAGAUAGCGACUUCGAAAAAGCGUGCUGCUAGUCCAAUCGACGAUUAUCAUCCGGUUGACCAGCAACGUCUUCGAAAGGCACUCAGUAUAGGCGGCUCCUUUCCCAACAUUGCGAGAGCCUUGCACACAACGGAGAUAAUCCAAUUCUUCCGUAUCACUGGGACCUCCGAUCUCAAUAAUCUCCUCGCAAAUGGCGGACAAAAAUUUGUCUGCGAUAUUGCGAAGGCGGAAGCCGGUACUCUGUCGCUCCAGCCUUCGGAGAAGCCUCUGGGGAUCGGUUCGUUCAAAUCUGCUCAUUCUGCGUUUCUGACGCUGUCCACUUUGCCGACCACACCCCUCGGAGCGCUUCCAAAUCAAGCCGUUGCCGCGAAACGCAUGUUCAAGAACAACAAGAAUACCGUCUUGAUCCGCUUCAACCCCAUCGAUGAAUAUGCGCACCAUGUAUCGGAGGCAAAUCUCCUAUUCUGGGGCACUACCCUUCUCAGUUUCGUUUAUUCUUUCGUGCGUAACUACAUAUCAAAGCAUGUCGCGCCACCAGGCGACCUCCCUAUCUUUGAAGUCCGCUUCGUCGAGGCCGGCGUUGCUCUGGUUCACAAUGCGGCGGCAGAUGGCAAGUCGAGCAAAAUGAUGACAUCACUCCGACGAUCAUAUCUCAUUGAAGAAUUAAUUGGAACGGGCAAGUUUGUGAAGUACAUCAAUAACAAUAGUGCAGUGCCCGUUCCGUCGCUUCCAGAAGAUCUCAAGCUGUUGGCAUCGUUCCUCUGUUUUACACAACAUGUCCAAUACGAACACACCGGGCGUUUGGUCUUUCUUUCUGAUCUUCAAGGCCGGUUCAUUCGAUCUGGCUCACUGUUUCAUACUAACUCUAUCCAAGGCUCCGGAAAUCUCUUGACGGAUCCGCAGGUUAUGACUUCACCGACUCUCGAACGUGGUCUGUUUGGUGGUGGCAAUUCAGGCAGGUUCUUCGAGAAGUUUCCUGAGCAGCAUGUGAAACACAGCACUGCAGGUGACCCUCAUCGGAACCCGCUUCUGCACAACGCCCGUUGCUUUCCAUCGCGCAAUCUCAAUGACCUCGAGCCCUCCCCUUUCUGCGUCGAGGAAUCUGCGCCGCCUCCCCAAAUGGCACCCCUGAUGCCGGAACUUUCCCUCGAUCUGAUGCCGUCCCCGACGGCGCCCCUGGCGCAGCGAUGCGCGUACUGCGGGACGAUGACGGCGCCCGCCUCGACGCACGAUCCCGCGGCGUCUUUCAUUCUGUGUCACACAUGCACGGUGUAUCUGUCGCAGCGCGACAAACCGCCCCCGCGGCGCCUCCGUGAGAGACUCGACUUCGUCGCACCAGAGCAAGGGAACGGGACGAGGGAGGGCGGCGCGUCGCCCGAGCACGGGACCAGGUGCGCACAUUGCGGUACGCGCGCGACAAGCCCCCAGCGGACGCAUCCAGAGGGAAUGGUAGAGUGCAGCGCGUGCGGGAUGUACGCGCGGCCGCAUGGGUCCAGGAGGGGCCGCUGA